GUAGUUUGUACAAACAAAAUGGUUUGUUUAUACAAAUUAUACUAAUUUCGUUGAGUUUUGUUACUAACAAUAUUCAAUGUUUGUCAUAUAAUAAUAAUUAAUAGAGAGGUCAAGGGUUAACUAAAAGAUAGUGGCGACUAAGACGAAACAAAUAAAUUACAAGAUAAUUAUAUACAUUUAAGAAGUAUACGUAAUAAUUAAGAGACGUCCACGAAGAUAAUAAAAUCAAGUAAUUGUAACAGUUCUUCAUUUAGCGCUCAAUAGUUAACAAGGCAAUUAUGUCUGCAGUGCUUACAUUAAUUUUAUUAUCAACAAUUGUGUUGUUAUUUUUGUGUUACCGAUGCAUGAAAAAUGAGAGAUUACUGUGCAAGAUACCUGGACCCAGAACAUUGCCUCUCAUUGGAAAUUCAUUUCAUUUUUUGCUGCCUCCAAAUAAACUAUUUAUGUUUCUAAGAACGCUCUACAAAAUAUACGGAGGUUUGAUUCGAAUGCACGCUGCAAACAUGUGGUCCGUUGGCUUGUAUAAUCCAGAAGAUAUUGAGAAAGUGUUGUCGUCGGUUCGCUAUAAUGAUAAACAGGGAGUCUACAAGUUUCUUCAUCCGUGGCUAGGCGAAGGUCUAUUAACCAGUAACGGCUCUAAAUGGCACCAACGGCGCAAAUUGCUGACGCCAGCUUUCCAUUUUAAUAUUUUGAAGAAAUAUUUCCAAACAUUCACUGAACAAACGGAAGUUUUUCUGAAGAAAGUAGAAAUGGAGAUCGGCAACACACAGACAGACUUACUCCCCUUGAUAAGUUCUACGACGCUGCAAAUCAUGUGUGAAACAGCCAUGGGAACAUCAAUGACUGAGGAAAUCGAAUCUGUUAUGUCGAAAUAUAUGAACGCUAUAGAAAUCGUUGGUGAAUCCGUAGUAAAGAGAAUGUGUAGAGCGUGGUUGAUUUAUGAGCCUUUUUUCAAUUUGUCGAAAAUAGGACGCACGCAAAAAGCUGCGCUAUCGGACUUGCACACAUUUACAAAUAAAAUUAUAAACGAAAGAAAACAAUUUCUGAUGAAUAUAAAAUCGUAUCGACAGGAAAAUGACGAAAUUAUAAGCAAAAAAGGUAGAUUGGCGAUGCUGGAUUUGCUGAUUGAAAAUGAAAAAUUGGGAAACAUUACCGUGGAAGGAAUUAGAGAAGAGGUUGAUACAUUUAUGUUUGAGGGUCAUGACACCACGGCUACAGCUCUAACAUUCCUACUAAUGGUAAUUGCUAACGAAAUUGAAGUCCAAGAAAAAAUAUACCAGGAAAUGCAAAAUAUUUUUGGAGAAUCUCAACGUUCAGCUACAAUGCAGGAUCUAAGCGAAAUGUCUUACUUAGAAUGCUGUAUAAAGGAAUCCUUACGAUUGUACCCCAGCGUGCCGUUAAUAGCGCGAUAUGUAACUGAAGAAGUUAAUCUAAGCGGCUACACGAUACCAGCUCACACUAACUACCACAUAUUCAUCUAUGACUUGCAUCGCCGCGCUGAUAUAUACCCUGAACCAGAACGCUUCAUCCCUGAGAGGUUUCUUCCUGAGAACUGUGCUAAGAGACACCGUUACGCCUAUAUACCCUUUAGCGCUGGACCUAGGAAUUGCAUCGGUCAAAAAUUUGCGAUGCUGGAAAUGAAGAGUCUAGUAUCAAGUUUGUUGAGAAGAUUUCGUUUGGAAGCUGUCACGAAGCCAUCCGAUCUACAAUUCAGAACUGAUCUAGUAUUACGUACUGAUAAUCAACCGAUAUACGUACGUUUUUGUAACAGAACAAGUUGAGAUUUUUUAUAAAUGUCUAUUAAUAAAACGUAAAACAAUUAUUUUCCAAGUAAAAAAAAAAAAAAUAUGUUAGGACCUAUAACUACAUCCUAUAAUAGUUUUAAGAUUUUAUUGGUUUAAACUACAUCUGUAACUGUUUAUAUGUAUACCACAGAGUACAGAUCAUACAGAGUGAGUCUUUACAAGCAGCGUGGUGAAGGCGGUUGAACCCUUAUAAAAAAAACAAACGUCACGCGUCUCCUUGACAUCCCCAAAUACAAACUUUUUUCAUAAUUUGUAUUUUAAGAUUUAACACAAGCAACAAUUAAGUAAAUUAAUAUAAUAACCAAUAAAAAAUACUCCAUCUUAUUUCUUGACUAAUAAUGAAAAUUACUGAUGCGACGCUUCGUGUCGUACUGACUCGAGAAUGUAUUCGUUUUUUAAUUUUGUAUUUGUGACGGGUGCGACACCGUCGUGUUCCGUGCGCUCCAUCUACGCUGCCUAUUAUUGAUUAAUCUGUGAUGUAUACUUAGUACUUACAGUAUGUAGUUUAUAUGUAGGUACCCAAUUAUAAGAAAUACUAUAAUCUAUGUCUACGAAGGAAGUAACAAUGAAAUAAAUUAUUAAUUAUAUCAUUA